AACAACUGAUCGCUUACAAGUUCGCACAGCCAUUCCCAAAAUUAAUAAUAUUUAUAAAUACAAAUACAAAUUAGUAUCACUGAUAAGUGAUUGUGAAAAAAAAGUUAAGUGCUUAGUCAUAAAAAGGUUGGUUUGACUAAACAAAUUGAGAGCCGACGCGCUCUGGUUCUUCUGGGCGUUAUUACCAUCAGCGUAGAGACAGAAAAAAUGCGGGGAACCACCACGUUUCGUCUACUAAAGAAAGGAAACUGGGCACUACCACACAUUUACCGCCAAAUACAGGCAAGACAUUUUUCAAAACUAUUCUGCAAUGGAGCACCCACAAGAAAACAAUCACAAAAAGCGGCAAGCCUUCAACGUCAAGUGAAAAAUACACAACUCCCUGCUACAAUCUGCCGAACGGCGAGCACUUAUCUGGAGAAAAACUAUUCGAAGAGCGUAAUUGAAGAUGCCACAUUGGAUUUUGCAGGUAUGGCGCGCAAAUAUAACUAUCCCGUGGAAGAGCACACAGUACACACCGCGGAUGGGUACGUCCUGCAGCUGCAUCGAUUGCCACAACCGCAAGGAAAACCAGUAUUACUAAUGCAUGGUCUCUUCGAUAGUUCGGACACUUGGAUUAUACAGGGACCGAACCAUGGACUAGGCUACUACCUGCACGAUCACGGCUAUGAUGUGUGGCUGGGCAAUGCGCGCGGUAAUUUUUACUCCCGCAAACAUCUUGAAAAAUCACCAAAGAAACCCGAUUUUUGGGAUUUCUCUUGGCAUGAGAUUGGCUGCAACGAUCUGCCCGCCAUGAUCGAUUAUGUGCUGGACAAGACGGAGCAGCGCCAAUUAGCCUACUUUGGGCACUCGCAGGGCACAACAGUUUUCUUCGUUAUGGCCUCUCAGCACCCAGAGUACAACGCAAAGAUUAGCUUAAUGAACGCGCUAGCGCCCGUUGCUUUCAUGACGAAUUUGAAAACGCCUGCUGAAUUCCUUUUCCGCAUAUUCACUGUUCUCGUCGAAGAUGCGACGUUUGAGGUCCUACCGCGCAAUGACUCGUGGAAAUUCUUUUUUAGUUCGAAAACUACCGAAAACUGGUUCAUUAAAUUUGUGUGUGAAUAUUUGGGUGAACACAAUGAGAUGUGGAAUCCAGAACGAUUGCCGGCAAUUGCGGCGCAUGGUUCGAGCGGUGCUAGCAUUAAACAAUUGAGGCAUUACUUUCAACUCAAAGGGUCGAACCGAUUUUGUCAAUACGAUUAUGGUAAACAGCGGAAUCUCGAACGUUAUGGUUCCGCAGAGUCCCCAGCAUACCGUCUAGACAAGAUAACUGCGCCCGUAGCGCUUUAUUACGCUCAAAACGAUCCACUGAGUAAUGUGGCUGAUGUGAAAGCUUUGACCGCAGAGCUGCCGAAUGUGGUCGAGCAUCAUAUGUUUCCCGACAAGCAAUGGAAUCAUGUGUCAAUGUUGUGGGGUCUUAAGGCGCGCGAAUUGGCACAUAGAAAUAUGAUGGAGGUGCUGCGGAGAUUCCAAUGAAAUGAUCCAGCUGUCAAGGUUUCAGCAUUUUUAGUGUCAAAAGGCCCGAUUUCAUAUAUGAGAAAUGCUACAAAUUCUGCCGUGGGAUGUUUGUUUUAUUUUAUUAGUUAUUAUUAUUUUAAGGUCUAAGUGAGUUGGUCGUGCAGACCGACUAGCACCAUAGCCUAACCUAUUAUUAUUUUAUUAUUAUUAUUAUUUUAUUGUUUAUUUUUAUUUUAGUAUUAAUUAUUACUUUAUAACUUACUUAGCAUAGCACCACUUGUAGAAAACUUUACGUCACCAUUUUAUUAAAAAAAAAGAGGUUGUCUGUAAAGUCGGUUUACUGACGAUAGUUUAACGUGAUAACGUCAUAAGAAAAUACUAAUUGAAUGGUUGCAUUUUUCAAAAGAAAAUUUUAAUUUUAUUUGUUUGAUAGAUAUUUUGUAUGGAUAUAGAGAAUGAGUUAACAUUAACAUAACAUAACAUAACAUAACAUAACAUAAC